CCGUAAUUCUGGCUUUAUAAUAUCUUGGAUACUACGCUGGGACGGACAUCUACACAAGAUGACUCUUUGGAAACCUAUAAUUUUCUUACUAUGCGCGACCGUCGUCACUGAAUCGGCAUUCAUUGACACGCUGACUAAAUGCUCAAUCAAGGACGGAGACUGUCUAAAGGAUCUGUAUCAGACGGUGCUGCAAGAUAUCGGCAAGAAUGGCAUCAAGGAGUUGUCUAUUCCGCCCAUUGAUCCCAUUGAGCUGAAAAAUGUGACUGUUAAUAUGCUCGACCAGUUGGAGGUGACUAUGGUCGAUGGAAUUGCUACCGGUGUCAAAAACUGCAUCUUCAACGACUUCAAGACUGAACUAGAGAAGGAGCAUGCGUGGAUGGAUCUCACUUGUGAUAUUACCAUAAAGGGACGCUACAAACUCAAAUCGGAUAGCCCCCUCCUCAGGUCCAUUUUUGGGAAGCAGUCCAUCCAUGGCGAUGGGUACGCCAAGGUUAAGCUAGAGCAACUAAACCUGCGAAUCAACUACGACUACUUCAUCCAGAGAGGUGCCGACGGCGAGCUGUACUUCAAAUGCAAGCACAACGAGACGCAAUAUACGUACGAUAUCGCUGGACGGUCGCUUUUCUACAUCGACCAUUUGUACUUGGGCGAUGAAGACUUGAGCAAAUACGUCACCACGUUCCUCAACGAAAACGGAAAGUUCCUGCUGCAGACCUUCGGACGCUCCUUCAUGGAUAAGGCGAUGGAAUUCUUCUACAUCUUCACACAUCGGUUCUACGACGUUGUGCCAAUCAAGCACUACAUCAUUGAAGACCUGACCGCUUACGCUAGAUCGUAGAUGACGCUAAAAAUAUUACUAUUAAAUUAUUAUAAUUAAAAAGUGUUCUAUUUCAAAGCAAUUGGAAUAAUUUGAAUUAAGUUCGUACCUAAGAGACAAAUAAAGUUGUAUUUUGUUUGAGUA